AUGCGGCGCUUUAUUCUAUUGUUCGCCGUUGGGUAUGCGACCGCGCAAUUCGGUCGAGGAUCCCGUUAUGGUGAUAGUGGUCCGUAUGGAGGGGCGGGUGGCGAAGCGGUGUUUGAAAGUCGGACAGGAAGGUUCGACGGAGGUCCGGUCGGUUUUGGAAGAGGACGCUUUCCCGAUGGACCUGGUCCCUACCGCGGUGCCCAACGAGAAUACGGAGAAGGUGCCGGAGGUUUUCCGGAUGGACUUGGACCAUAUCGAGAAAGUCCGCGUGGAUUUGGAGAUGGUCCAGGCGGCUAUGAUGGGUUCAGUGGAGGCCCUCGAGGAUUCCGCGAUGAACAUCAACAUGGGCCUGAUUAUAAUAGUGGUCCAUAUGGCGCUGGAGGCCCAAGUGAUUUUCGAGGUCCCGAAACUUAUGGAACUGGUCAAGGUGAAUUCAAUCAUCCAGUUGCUGGAGAUCCGGAUCACGGCGGAAGAAUUGCAGAAAAAAUUCUGACCUCGAUUCUUGGAUAG